GACGGCAUGGACGGAAUACCACCGACGAAGUUCCAGGCGAUUUAUGUCGCUGGUGAUGUGGAAGCAUACACAUCUACGCUGCGGGACGCUUUCAUGAAAUGCAGCGACUUUGCCAGAUGCAAGCAAGAUCUGUAUCGCUCAGUGGAGUCGUCCCCGGACGUCCACAAGGCCACCGCGACAUUGGUUGCGACGUUGCUGAGUGUAUGGACCGACUCGACGACACCGCUCGCGUACUUGGUUUUGAUGACACUGAGCGAUCUUGAACGUGAUGGAGUGCUGCCAGACGACUGGCACUCGUCCGUCCUGCCGGGCGAUCUGCGAGGUCAAGUUGCAGAGGUGGUCGAGGUCGCGUUGACGACUCACAGCGCUGUGAGCCCCAAGGUGGUCGUCAAGACGCUGUCGCUGUUUCGAAUGGACCAUGUUGGCACAGAGAUAGUCAGGUCGUACACCAAGAAGCUCCUGGCGGACAGCGCGUUCGUGUCGGUGCUCAAGUGCAUCGAGCACUUUACAUGGAUUGAAUGGCCGCAUUUGGACAUGCUUGAGACGUUUGUGGCGUCCAAGAGCUGGCCGAUGGCAGAACAGCUUUUGAAAAUCAUCCAACCGGCGCUGGACGCCGGCGCAUAUCGCGACUUGACCAAGGCCCUCGUGGCACUCUCGAUACACCACCAAGAGCUCAAGCGGGCACAUCGAUAUCUCCACCAGUACAACUUGCAAGAUGAAUAUCCCCAUCUUGAGAGUGUCUAUCGCCUCGAAGCCUUGAAUAAGCUCUGUGCCCAGCAAAAGUGGGCGAUUGCCGCGAAUUUUGUCGGCAACAACUCUGUGCUUCAAAUGGACUUGUACCACAAAAUGGUGGCGGCUGGGCAAAUUGGCCUCGCCAACGACCUGCGAGACAGGUUUGACCUGUCCGAGCUGGGUCCACGGUUGGAUAGCAAUGUGGCGGUUGAAGGCACGUCGUACUUGAGCCUGGAUGGAUUUGAGAUCGUGUGGGUCGACUCGGGCACGGCAGUCCACAACAUGGAGACGUACUGGAACGAUGUUCUUGCGCAGGAGCAGAUUUGCUGGAUUGGACUCGAUGUCGAAUGGAAAGCAGUGUUUGAAAAGGAUGAGAUGGCGGUUGCAAGUAUUUUGCAAGUCGCCGUCGGGUCUAGAGUAUUUAUUGUGGACUUGAUUCGUUUGGAGACAUCGGACGCAUGCUUUGUGAGCUUGCAGCGGCUCUUGACCCUACCGUCGUUUGUGAAGAUCGGAUUUGGGUUCCACUCAGAUCUGAAAGUGCUCCACCAGUCCUUUCCCGACAAGUGCCAGCCCUUCCAAACCGUGAUGGGUCUGUUUGAAAUUGAGACGAUCUUGCGCAAGGUUUGCCCGACGUACACUGGAAAGAGCUUGUCCGAUGCCACCAUGUUCUUGCAAGGGCGGCCCCUGGACAAGCGUCAGCAAUUGUCAAAUUGGGAAGCCCGACCACUUCAUUCUUCUCAACUCCAAUACGCGGCACUGGACGCAGCAUGCUUGAUUCCAAUGGCAAAGCAACUCUUGGAGUUGGACCCCUCGUUGCUGCCACAUCAUUUGUCGUCGACGUCGCUGGGUCACAUCCACGGCGACGUUGUUAUCACCAAGGCGCAGCAAUAUCGACAACUUCGUGUACAACGCAUCACAUCGACGCCCACGUUGUCGGGGAACUUCGUGAUGGAGUUUCUUCAAGCACACCCGAGUGGAUCGCAGGUCGAAAUUCUACCGGCAAACGACAAAACCCGUCAGGCACGCGACGUCAUCGUAGCCAACAGCUUGUGCUUAAUGGUGAAUUCCAAGCCGCAUGUGGCGAUUCUGUGCCAUGGAACACGGUUGGACCUCGUACAGCUGGCUAAACUCGCGGGGGUGACCAGGCGAAAAGUUCGAUUUGCCACCCCCCAGGAAUGCCUUCAGGUGUUUGGGUACGCACCGGGGACCGUGCCUCCCAUCGCUCACAAGGCGCCGGACAUAUGCGUUUGGCUUGACAAGGAUGUUCCGCCGUCCAUACCGUUAUUGUUUGGGGGAGGGCCGCAUUGUAUUUUGAAGUGUACUCUGUCGACGCUCUUACUGCUGGUGCCCCAUGCCAACGUGGCAGCGUUGAGCGUCACGCCAGACGUUAGCUCGUCAGGUGCAGUGCUCGAGCCCAAAUUUCUUGCCGAUUCCAUGCUUGGCCGCGUGGCAAAGUGGUUGCGCAUGACGGGCGUCGACAUUUUGCAUUGGGACAUUGUGGCCAAUCCGAAUAAAAAGGACAUGUUGGCGCUGGCUUCGUCCGAGAGCCGCAUCAUCUUGACCCGGGACCGGAAACUAGCCCAGCAUCGGGAAGCAUUUGCUUGUUAUGUCGUCGCCAGUGACAACGUCGAGAUGCAAUUCCAAGAGAUCAAGAAUUACUUUGGCAUUGAGUACCAUGAAGCUGAGUUCAUGUCACGAUGCGCCAAAUGCAAUCAAAAGGGCUUCCACAUCGUCGAGACGGCUCAGGUUGUCGGACGCGACGACGUUCCGCAAAAAGUCCUCGAUACUGUCGACGAAUUUUACGAGUGCAAGACGUGCCGUCAGCUGUAUUGGGUUGGCCCAAAAUACAGCACCGCCCACGCAAAAAUGAAACAGAUAUUUCAAUAAAGACUUUUCGUCAUCCUUCCAA